AUGUCGGGGCUGGAAACGGUGGAUUUCCUGCUGACCAAAGCAGCAAGAUUGGACAAGGCCUUGAAGUCUUUGCCCAAGGCGGAUCGUAAGACGCUCCACACCUCCUCGCACAAACGCGCCCGGAAACUGCUGCGGAACCUCUCCUUCCCGGCCAAGGUCAGUGAGCUGACAGAUGAGAACAUCGAGAAUCAAAUCGAUGUGCUCACCACUGUGAAGAGUUCCGUGGUCUCCUUCACCAAGAAGAUGCCGCCACUGAGCGAUGCCCUGACGGUGGGUCCUGAUGCCAUGGCGGUGCGCGCCUGUGCCUUGGAGGCGCGCGAAGGCCUGGCAGAGGACCUUUGUAGUGAGGAGAUUUCGAAGACCGGGGCCUCCCUGGACUGCGUGGACGCCUUGAAGCUCCUCACAGAUCCUCGUGGCAAACCUUGGCCCGACCUCGCGGUCUUCUCUGAGUACUAUGAGACUCCACCACAUCUUCGGCCGCCCCGGCGUUCGUUGCCGCGCAGCGACUCGCUGCCGGUGCUGCCCAUGCGACCCACCAUCGGAGGUAUCGAGGAAGCAAAGCAGGUUGGCCGCUUCCCGGAUUUAUUGCCUGCCCUCCUGAAAUCGGCUGCCGGCACAUUGCCGGAUGCCACCGAUGCCGAGCCGCGGAAGACCAGCAAGCAGAACAUCUUCCACGCCAGCGCCGUGUACCGCGAUGCCUGCAAGCGUUGCAAGGUGCAGGUGCUGGAGACCAUGCCUAUCCUAGGAGAGAUGGUAGAGGUGGUCGGGGCCAAUCUGGAAGAGACGAAGCACUGCUACGCGCUGGCGGAGGCAGUGCGCACCUGUGCGGUGAAGGGCUUGAAGGUCGAGGAGUGCUAUAUGCCGGACAUGGGCGCAGCCAAAAUCAUUGAGGCGGCAUUCUCAGGUGAACAUUUGGAAACUGUGACCUUAUCCGGUCUCACCCUGAGUUAUCGGAGCGUUUUGGCACUCUAUACCGCCCUGCGGCAAAAUCGCCUUGGCAAUUCCCUGCGCCACCUGACCUUAGCCGCUUGCGGCUUGGGCGGCGACCUGGAAUUGAUGCCUCCCGGGGCGGCGGCGGCCUACGAGAAAGGCCGUGCCUUGCUGGAGAGCCAUCCGGUUGAUGAGGAGACGUUGGCAAGAGGAGGUGAUGUGGCGGGCUUGCUGUCCGAGCACCUACAGGAAAGUCUGCGCAAGGCGAAACUGGACGAGCGUCCAGCGCUGCACAUGGCCACUGCCACCAGUUUCGGUAGCGAUGCGGGCGAGGAUGAGGUGGAAAAGGAAGAAGAGGAGCUUCCUCCUCCACCUGUGUUGUUGCCAGUUUUCCACCAGCUGACGCUUUCGCGGGUGCUGCACCUGAAUUUGUCUCAGACUUGGCUGUCUCCCAGUUCCGUACGCGCUUUGUCGAAUUCCUUGCCACAGACACAGAUCGAGGUCAUCAAGCUCGAUGAGUGUGGAUUGAGCGAUGACGCGGUGGAGGAGUUGGCCCUGCAGGGCUUGUUACGCAGCCGCCUCUUGCUGGAAGUGUCCUUGCGACGCAACCAGUUGAGCGGCAAUCCUGGUGCCAUCAGCACGCUCUUUCACGCUGUGCGCAUUCACGCCAGGAUUGCACAUCUGGACUUGGCGGAGAAUCUCAUGCACCCGGAAUGUGUGCCUGAACUCUCAAAAUUGCUGAGACAUUCGGUGUCCUUGCUGUGUCUCCAUCUGCUGGGAUGUGAGGAUAGUCAAGUCGAGGACACGGUGGCCAUCCAAGGGGCCUGCUACCGCUGGGUGGCGCAGAAUGCCGCAGUGAACGAGCACCUGGAGCCUGAGGAGAUCAACAUCCCAAAACCGGCGCAGGGAGAGGAACACAGCGAAGUGAUCCUGUGCCGUGCGCCGGAUGCCAAAGAUUGGCAGGUGGCCGCGCCGCCACCCAAGCCCAUGCGACGACAUGAUGAGGAGUCUCCGACACCUUGGGCACCGGCGGCACCGCCACCAGCGACGCCGGAGAAGUCGGUUUGUCCGGAGGGAUGUUGGAUCAAGGAAGCCAGACAGGCAAACGUCAAGUUCCAAAUCCCAGAAGGCGUCUCCGGACCGGAGCAAGUGACCCCUGAAGAGAUCGACGAUUGGAGUCAGGGACCCUCACGAAUCCAGGCUUUGUCGGAUUGCUUUGAGGAGGAUGUCAAGAUCAUUUACCUGAAGGAUGUCUGUCACGUCGAUGAUGAAGAGGCUGUGAAGGAAGCUUUGCGAAGCAAAUAUGACCUCUACUACGAGUGCUACGCCCUGUUCGCGGGACGCUCCCAAUGGCCCUUCGUGCGCUAUGUGGAUAUGUUCAGCGUCUUCGAAGAGGCUCGUGUGGUGGACCGCACCGGCGGCCGGAAGAGGAUGGAGAAGCGACGACUGCAUAUGCAGGACAUCCAUGUGAUGAUCACCCAGACCCUGGCCAAUCACAAUGGCGGCGACCCUGUCACAGCUCCUGAGGCAGAAGGAGAUCGUGGGCCAAAGAAGAAGAUAGUCCCCGAAGGAAAUCCCUUAACGAGACCUCAAUUCUGCGAGGUGAUGCUUCGGGCCGCAAUCAGCUGGGGGGACGAUCUGAGCGCCAGUGCGGCGAUCACGUUGUUUGCGGAUGAGAUCGUCGCAGGGCAUUUGCUGCAGCCGCCUUUAGCGCCCUUCCCCCGCGGCCUGGCACAGCGCGCGGGGGACUACAACGAUGCGCUGCAGAAUUCCAGCAGAACCCUUAAGGAGGCGUGGGAGAGGUUUGGCUACAGCAGUGUGGCUUUCCAACGCCUCGCCCAGCUGGUGCGCCUCUGCGACCGAUCCUUCACCUCCAAACACGUGGCGUCUAUCUACACCCUGGCGAAAGUGCCGGUGGUCGACGAUCGCGUGAGUACUGCAGGUGAUACCCGAGGCCUUAGCUACUCUGAGUUUUUAGAGGCCGUUUCACGUUUAGCCAUGGUCUGGAGCAGAAGCGGCAGGAUGCCAGCAUGCUGCCCACAGGAGGAUGGAUCAAUGCGCGGCCGCAGAUGGCCCCCACAACCCCAGGCCGGCUUCCCCGUGAAGGAGCGAGUCCUGGCACAGCGCCUCCAAGCCUUCGUGCAGCGCCUGGCGGAGCGAAUGCGGCCCUCGGUGAAGGGACGGAUAGCGAUCUGA